AUGCCUAACUCAAGUGAGCAGUCGCAUUUUGGUGGCUCUCUGAGCUAUCACGGCCCUGAAUGGAUUGAAGGCCAGAACCACAAGACUGCAAGUCGCUGUCACUUCUGUGGCACCAUGGCAGGUCGUAGGAAUUCUCUGGCACUCUGUGGGGGAGAUGGUGGAGUAUGGUCUCACCAUCACGUAAAUCUUGAUGAGAAACAGAAUCCAGUCCUCCAGUCUUCCCAGAUCCAACAGGACCGGCAUGGACAGCAGCUACUGAGGAAGAACUCUGUGCCCGAUCUUGGCAGCAGCCUCUACCUCAGACAAAUGAUGGCAAGCCUGGCCUCUGCACCACCUGUGGAUUACUACAUGACUGGUUCUACCUUAUCUGGUCAGCCACCUGAAGAGUCUGGGUUUUAUAGGGAUAACCAGCACAUGCUCACCAGAUCAGCAUCGCAUUAUGGGUCCAACGCUAGGGGGAUGAAGCCUACCUGGGAUCAAGGACAGGCAAGGGCCACACCUACCGUGUUGGCGUCUGCUUCUACACCUAACCCCAUGCCUCCUCCCCCUCCCCCUCCUCCCCCGCCUCCUCCACCACCUCCUCCCCCUCCUGUUCAUGAGCUGAGCCGUUUGUUCAGGGAAACUCUGGGAUCUAAAAUGAUCCCAGACGUCCAGCGUAUUGGUGGCAGCUCUCCUGGUCCUGCGGUCUACGGGGUCCAGCCCCCUCUUCCUAUUUACGCUGCUGGGCCACCGUCUCUUUCUGCUCACCAAGCUUACAACAAUAUAAACGGCUUUUCCCUGGACUCCUAUCAGCCAGCUGCCACCAAUACUGUGGUGGACCCAGCAUACCAGGGAAUGGACGGAGCUUUCCCCCGGGCUUAUGGAGCUAUAGGCUCUCAGAGGCAACAUUAUGACCCAAAUUAUGACAUGAAUUCAGCCAUGGUGGCUGCCACAGCUGGAUUUAACUCUGGUCUGUCUCUUCACCAUCCCAGUGCUGCAGACCCCAAGAAGAUGGUGGACCCUUCCUUCCUGGCUUUCCUGCGAGCUGAAGGAUUGGCUGAGAGCACUAUCACUCUCCUGCUGCAACAUGGCUUUGAUUCCUAUGCCACCCUGGGGAUGAUGGAGGACCAUGAUGUCCGCUCUGUGGCCCCUAACUUGGCCCAGGCCCGUGCUCUCUCACGUGUGAUGCUUGGUUGCAAGACAAGUGGAACAGCACCACGUACACGAUCCAACAGCUUUACCCAUCGCAAUGAGCUCUACAUGCAGCCCCAGGGUUUGACCAUGGACCCCAACCUGAUACAGCAACAUCCCACCAAUAUCCAGAACAUGUCCCCCAGGAUGGGAGAAUUUCUUGGCAGAAGACCCAGUAGUGCACCCUCCCAACACCUCCUGGAGACCACCACCUACCCAGGAUCUCGGCCCAUGGGAAGUGGAGCUUUUCCAAUUAGCCCUGGAGGAUAUAGCAAUGCUGUGACUCAGGGAAGACCCUUCUCCAUGUAUAAUGCCCACACCGGUCUUGCCAUGUCUGCUCUUGGACAACAGCCUCCAUCAGCCCCGGGCACCCAUGGAGCAGCCCCAAAAACCUAUUCUGGCUCCUAUUCCCCCAUGGAGCUGAUGAAGAGAGCACCCAACCUUCCUCCAACAUCACCAGCAGCAGCGCCAAGCCCCCUUCACAGCCCCCAACUGCUCCGGAAAGGGAUCGGUGCUGCCCCUGAAAGUACCAUCAUUCCUGUGACCUCUUCCUCCGCUCUCCAAGCGCAAAAUCUUAACAACAGCAGGAUGGUUGGACGUCGUACUGGUCCCCCUGUCAUUGUCUCAACCAUGGCCACCGCGCCUGACACAAGUAUUCGGCCCCAAAUCAUGAACGGGCCAAUGCAUCCGCGCCCCCUGGUGGCGCUGCUGGAUGGGCGUGACUGCACCGUGGAGAUGCCCAUCCUGAAAGACUUGGCGACUGUUGCCUUUUGCGACGCGCAGUCCACACAGGAGAUACACGAGAAGGUGCUCAAUGAGGCGGUGGGAGCCAUGAUGUACCACACCAUCACCCUGACCAGAGAGGAUCUGGAAAAGUUCAAAGCUCUGCGCAUCAUCAUUCGCAUCGGCAGUGGCUACGACAACAUCGACAUCAAGGCUGCCGGAGAGCUGGGAAUCGCUGUGUGUAACAUUCCCUCGGCAGCCGUGGAGGAGACGGCGGACUCCACCCUGUGCCACAUCCUUAACCUUUACAGGCGAAACACCUGGCUCUACCAGGCUCUCCGGGAGGGCACGCGGGUCCAGAGCGUGGAGCAGAUCCGCGAGGUGGCCUCCGGCGCCGCCCGCAUCCGUGGCGAAACCCUCGGCCUCAUCGGCUUCGGUCGAUCGGGCCAGGCGGUGGCGGUGCGAGCCAAGGUCUUCGGCUUCAACGUCAUCUUCUACGACCCCUACCUGCAGGACGGCCUGGAGCGCUCGCUGGGCGUCCAGCGCGUCUACACCCUGCAGGACCUGCUCUACCAGAGCGACUGCGUCUCCCUACACUGCAACCUGAACGAACACAACCACCACCUCAUCAACGACUUCACCAUCAAACAGAUGCGUCAGGGUGCGUUCAUGGUCAAUACUGCGCGGGGUGGUCUGGUGGAUGAGAAGGCCUUGGCCCAGGCGCUGAAGGAGGGCAGGAUACGUGGAGCCGCCCUGGACGUCCACGAGACGGAGCCCUUCAGUUUUGCUCAGGGCCCGCUGAAAGACGCUCCCAACCUGAUCUGCACGCCACACACAGCCUGGUACAGUGAGCAGGCCUCCCUGGAGAUGAGGGAGGCGGCCGCCACCGAGAUCCGAAGAGCCAUCACCGGUCGCAUCCCCGACAGCCUACGAAACUGCGUCAACAAGGAGUUCUUCGUCACCACGGCACCGUGGGCCGUUAUGGAUCAACCAGGGGUUCACCACGAGCUCAACGGCGCCGCCUACAGAUACCCGCCAGGUGUGGUUGGAGUGGCUCCGGGCGGCAUCCCGGGAGCGUUAGAGGGCAUCGUCCCGGGUGGGGUGCCCAUCGCCCACACCAUGCCCUCUGGUACACACCCCUCCCAGGCCCCGUCGCCCAACCAGCCCUCCAAACACGGCGAAACCAGAGAGCACCUCACCGAGCAAUAGCAGCAGAAGGGAUACGAGCAGCGGCGACAUCUCAUCCGACGCCGUCGACACUCAGAACCAACCGAAACGCAACUGGGACCAAGAGACAGUGAAACGACACGAGCGGCUGCCUGUUCCAUCAGUCAGCAACUGGGAACUUCACGUGUUCCGGGGGAAUUUGUACUUUUAACGUUUUAGUUUUUACUCUCUGUCUCUUUGGCUUCAGUACCGACUUUAAUCUUUGAUGAUGAUGUUGUUUUCUUUUUUUGGGGGAGGGGGGGGGUUGUUUUUCUUCGGGACAUGCCUAUGAUUGUGGACACACAGAGUCCAGUGUUUUUAGCUCCUCGGGAUGAUGACCCGACGAGACUCGGUCCCGACGCCCCCCCGUCCUCACCCGACCCGCCCUGCCCCUCCACCUCAUGGGAAACGUAGGCCCACGUGUCAACGCCACAAGAGCAAAAUAAACUUUGGCAUCAUGUGCUACUGGACCUUAUCCCCCCCACCCAUCCUCCUCCCCCACUCCCCUCCUCCGCCCACCUCCACCCUUAUGUAACUAAUGUGUGUUGUUUAGGCCCCUCAUUAUGCCUCAGAAGAGAAUUCUUUUUGUUUUUUUCUUUUCCAAUCUUUAGUGUGAAUGACUAAAAAUGGAUUAUUGAAGUAAAUAUAUUUAUCAUUCGUCAAACAAAAAGGAAAAGAUUGCUCAUCACGUAUAGUGAUCUAGAGUGGGUUUCAACCCUUUCCUGGCUGGCACGGCCGCGGUUACACGACUUCACCACUCGAGGGCACUCCUCCUCGUAGGGUUGCUCCAGCACAUUGUUUUGUGUGGGGCGCUCUCUCUGCAGUAAACACUAAACAAACACGUUCACUUUAUACAACUGAUUGUAGCUGAAUUUAAAGAGAUGAAGCUUCCAGCGGGGUAUUUAACGUUUGUUUUUUCAAAAAAUGGAGAGGAGGUGAUGUGUCAGCCUGAGCUGUGAAGAAGAGGGCAUUUAAAAAAUAAUCAUUGAAAUAAGAAGGCCGGCGUGACUGCGUCUGAUUCUUCUGCGCUGACCAACGGACAUUUGUGAUGGCGGACAGCUCGUCUCGAUGCACAGGCCGAGUCGCCCUCCCUUCUUCGAGCACACUUCACACUCUGCGGACAGGAAAGGGUUAAAGCAAACUUCAUUUCUUAACGACUCAGGAAAAACACUUUUUUGCAGAUAUUGUUUAUUCCCAGAAUUUUUUGUCUUUGAGGAAAAAAAAAAAAGAUUUAAGACUAAUCUGGUUAGUCUGGAUAUUUUCUCUCUUCCCUCAUCCUCUCCAUUGUGGUAUUUUUAUAUACAAGGCGCAUCCCACGUUUUUUGGUGUUAAAAGAGUUUUGAAGAGUCCUGUUAGAUUUGUAUUGCCUAGUUAAAUGUUCCUAUAACCAUAGUCCUAUGUGAUCCAACCUCUCUCUCUUCUCUCCUUCUAUUUUUCUUUGUUCUAUUGAAGGCCAGGUUCUUUUUGGGGGCAUCCUGUACUCUGUAAGAGCAAUAGCAGAAACUCCUACUUAGUGUCCCAAACAAUAGCAGAAGAGGCAGCCAGGAGUAUGUUUUUGUUUUUAGUGUGAGUAUUUGUAUUUGUUUCUUGUACAAGGUGAACAUUUAGCAUUCAGUGCAGUUUAAAUAAAAAGAUACAAUACUU